AUGAGUUCCGCAGAUGUUGACCAGCAGUACACUCACCAAAUAGGGGAUGCAUUUCGAAAAGUCCACGACUUGGCUGGUAUUCCUCUGUCUGAGGACGUUCCUGUUAUACAGGCUGCCAAUUUUUCUGUUCUUUACCAGGCCAAUUCUGAUACGAAUUUCAGCGAUAUAAUCGCAUUUAAAUCUGCUUUUGCUGGAUCUUAUGAAGAUGCAAUUGUUUAUGCUGAACUGCAAGAUUUGUACAAUCAAGGCUAUGAAUAUGCCGUUAUGCUUUACACUUGGCGUUCUAUCUCUCGAGCUCUUCCACAUAUUCGCUCAAAUGAACAACCACAUCGUCUUGAAAUAUAUCAAAAAACUCUUGAAAUUCUUGAGCCUUAUGCUAAAAAACUUCAAUCCUUUAUGCUAUUCCAGGAAAGUGCUAUCGAUUGCUUCGUUGGAAAAUUGAAAGGGCUUUCUCGCAAGGAGUCCCACCACAAAUCCGGUUUCAUGAACCAGAUGUACCUGAUAAUGCUUGGAAAAAUGCUCAAAAUGUUUGCCCUCCUAGAUGAGAUGAAAAACAUGAAAGCUAGUAUGAAGAACGAUUUUUCGCAUUUCAAGCGAGCUUCACAGUUUAUGCAAAGUGGAGGUUCACAAAAUAAUAAGGAUGAACAAAUGAGCGUGAAUGAAAUGCAAAGGGUCAGUAUAUUCCUCGCUACACAGAAAAUUAUUCGCGAUAAACUCAAAGACAGUCUUAGCCAAAUUGAUGGAUUUGAGGAUAUCUUAGCGGAGAUUAUAAACAGUUGCGUUAGUAUGUAUGAAAAUCGUGUUUACGUUCUGCCUGAAGAAAAACACACCCUUGUUAUGGUUAUUGCUUUUUCACUCUAUCUUCUGGAUUCGUCAAAAGUUGUGGAGGGGAAACAAAUUGGUGUGACUAUUCCCAAGAUGAUGAAGAAGAUAAGCAUCCCGAAAAUUGAUCGUAUUUUCAAGGAGUGUGAAGUGGUCAAUCUCUUUGGAGACAUGAGUGUUGAGCCAUUUAAUUAUGUUAAACAGACGCUUUCAUUUGAUCCUUCCAAAUGGCCAGAAUGCACCGGAAAUCGGGUUUCCAGCCAAGGGGUUCUGCUUACGCAUAUGUCCCGUUUUUUAAACGAGUAUACUUCCUUGACUGCUGAUCUUGCUUGGCAUACAAAUAUUGCAGUCACUAGAACAAGCGAACGCUCUGUCGCUGAAAAUCGGGAGCUCUACGAUCUGGCUCUCCGAGGCUUACAAUGCCUCUCCUCUUGGUCGGUUCAAGUCCUCGACACUUUUACUUGGAAGCUUGCCCACUGCGCUGACGAAUUUACAAAUAGAGACUGUCCCAAAGAUGCCGAAAACUACGAGAGAGCCACGCGUUAUAAUUACACAGCAGAGGAGCGUAAUGCCCUUAUUCGCCUCGUCACGAUGAUCAAAUCGGUUCAAACUCAACUUCUCCGUUUGGAGACUAAUUACUCAGAAGCCAUCCGCAGAUCGGUCUACCUCGAUCUUCAUGCUCUCUUGAAUCACUUUAGGAAUCUGCUUAUUAAGGCGAAUAACAAGAAAAAGGAUAAAAUUAAACUCAACCGAUUGGUUCAUGCUCUUCAAGCGACCUGUGCAGACCAAGCUGUGGUGGAUGCUGUAGAAGCUGAUCUCCUAAUGACAGGAUCAAGUAGUAGUGGCGGCAAAUCAGGUUGGGGAGGGCGGUCAAUGUCCGCCAAAGCCUCUGCUCAAAAUAGUCUCACUUCCGGAUCGAAUUCGACACUGGCAAAAGCGGCCGCGUCGAUUUCCGGUACCACUAUGCGUCGUGUAGGUCCCUCGUCCACUCAACUCUACUUAGUUCGCACAAUGCUCGAACUCAUGAUUGAUCAAGCUUCACCGGUGGCAAAAUAUCAUUCAUUGAGAAAGGAGCUGGAUGGAAAUACCAUGACACUGAUUGAAAACUUCCUGAAGAAUAGUUUUUAUUGGCCGUAUCUUCUCAACUUUAGCGAAACCCUAGUGAAAUGUUGCGACCUUUCCCAGCUCUGGUACCGUGAAUUUUUCCUGGAGAUAGCUAAUGGCACUCGCAUUCAAUUUCCCAUUGAAAUGAGUCUCCCAUGGAUUCUCACCGAUCACAUUUUAGGGACACACGAUCCGGCCCUUAUGGAAUCCCUUCUCUACCCCCUGGACCUCUACAACGAUGCCGCCGAUUGCGCUCUGAAUCGCUUUCAUCGUCGCUUCUUCUUUGAUGAAAUUGAGGCAGAGGCCAACUUAGUUUUUGAUCAGUUGGUAUACAAGCUCUCGGAUCAGUUGUUCCGAUACUAUAAGCAAUAUGCCGCGUCAAUUCUUCUCGAUAAGAAGUUUAGGAUGGAAGCGCAGCGAGCUGGAUGGCGCGAACCGUAUCCUCAGCCUAAUCGCUACGCUGCGUCUUUAAUUCGUCAGAGAAGUGUUCAACUACUGGGGAGGUCUAUUGAUCUCUCAUACCUUCUCUCACAGAGAAUUAAUAAAGCAAUUAUGAAAUCACUCGAGGAAGCUAUUCAUCGCUUCCUUUGUUCGGACUUAACUGCAGUUGUAGAAUUGGAAGCCAUGAUUGAAUGUAAUCGUCUGUGUCAUCGAAUGCUCGCUGAAUACUUGGAGUUGGACGAUUUUGAUGAUAUGCUCCAGGAGGCGAAUAAUUUGGUCACUUCUCCCUUGAGUCAACUUGCCCACCACAUCUUUUGGGAAGUUGCUUGUGAUCUAGUCAAGAAUUACUGCUACAAUGGUGCCACAAAUAGAUUCGUUCGCACAAAGUUUGCAUUGGCUGAGAGUCUUGAGCGCGGCAAGCCACGCUUAUGUGCUUUAGAAUACCAAUGGGGUAGCAAGAGCCUCAAUUCCUGCUAUGAGGCCAUCUUUCAACUCUAUCGCGGAUUUAUUGGGGCGCCGCACUUCUCCGCAAUCUGCAGACUUGUUGGCUACCAGGGGAUCUACAUCAUCUUCACGGAAAUAUUGAAAUUCUCAAAGUCUCUGAUAAAUCAAACAAUCAAAGAAUACGUGCGCAGGAUUGCCAGUAUGAUGCCCAAAUCUGUGCCACUCCCCAGUGGGGCAGCUAACUCGGAGAGCCAGUACGCUCUCUACACACACGCUUUUCAGCGCGUCUACCAGUAUCUGGAACUCCGAACCAACGUUUGCCAGAACUUCCGCGAAUUGGGCAACAUUAUUAUCUUCUGUUUGCAGAUAGAGAAAAGACUGACCACCGAAGAUCUCUGCGAUUUGAAGCAUGCUGAUGCUUUCAUUAGAAAACCACCAGGUGAAAGGCCAAAUUCCGAUCCCAAAAUGCGGGAGAAAUUAAGUCCCAUCGAUGCUCUGAACAUCUACAAAGUCGCUGUGGCAGUGGGUUCACCUGAGCUCAUCGAACUAGCAGAUGGAAAUGAAGUACUUACGAGAGAACGCCUGUGUUGUGGUUUGGUGCUUUUUGAGCAGCUCCUCAACCGCAUUCGAGACUUCCUGAACGAACCCGACGAACUACCACCUAGUGCCACCGCAAGUGGGCUUCCUCGGCAAGUAGUUCGUAAUGUUUGGUAUGGAAAUGAAAUUUCAGCCAACAGCAAUACAACAGCAGACAAAAAAGAGGAUGUCUUGGAAAUCGAUGGUUGCACUCAGUUUCAUCGUGUCUGGUCAGUCAUUCAAUUCGUAUUCAGCACACCGUUCGGUGAGCAUGAGUACACUGUGGAAGAAAUGUUUGGAGAAGGACUCAAUUGGGCUGGAUGCACCCUGAUUACUCUCCUGGGUCAACAGAGAAGAUUUGAAAUGCUUGACUUUGGUGCUCAAUUUACCAAGCUUCAGAGGAGCGAUAAGAAAGAGAACUCGAAGGAUGGAGUAUGCUUGGCUCGAUUGGCUACGCGUUUAAGUCGUUUCAACGUUCUCAAUCGUCAAAUCUUUGCCAUUCUCAACAACUAUUUGCAUCCGAUUGAUAGACCCGAGAACCAAACCAAUUUUCGCCACUUCCCACCUCCUCAAUGGUCACGAGCCUCUUAA